AGUGCCAGGAGUCCAAUGACACAGCAGUGAUGAUCAGUACCCUGAUCAUCUGUGCCCAGCAGUGCCACCCAUCAGUGCUGCCCAGCAGUUGCGCCCAUCAGUGCCGCCCAGGAGUCAGUGCCGCCUAUCAGUGCCCAUCAUUGCUGGAUAGCAGUGCAGCAUCAUCAGUGCCUCCAUAUCAAUGCCCACCAGUGCCGCCUCAUCAGUGCAGCCUAUUAGUGCCCAUCGGUGCUGCCUAUCCAUUCCACCUCAUCAGUGCCCAUCAGUGGCGCCUAUCAGUGCCUAUCAGUGCAGCCUCAUCAAUGCACAUUAGUGAAGGAGAAAAAUUACCUGUUUGCAAAAUUUUAUAAUAGAAACAAAGAAAAAACUUUUUUUUUUCAAA